AUGGUGCCAGAGAUAACAGACGAGGCGAUUGAGGCCUUCGUCUCGUUCACCAGCGCCUCAAGGGAACGGGCGAUUGCGUUUCUCCAGCACAAUAACGGUGACUCCCACAGAGCUAUCAAUGCCUACUUUGAAAACCCAGACGACCCUUUACCGCCGGUCCAGGAAAUUAUACCAAGUACCUUCCGUGAAUACCACAGCCCGACUCCCCAGAGAUCGUAUGAUAUCGACCGUAUAGAUAUUGGCGGCUUGUCAGCCCCGUCCCGUCCGCCAUCACGAGUUGGCAUCCGUGAGAAGAAGAACAAUGUAGAAUCUACAACGCAGACAACGAACACACCAGGGAACCCGAAUUACUCGGACGAUAUUAACACCGAUGGCCUUACGUUGGCGGAACGUGAAGAGCAUGAAAUGCAGCAUGCGAUAACCGCGUCACUUGGACACAAUCUGCCGUCCGGAGACCAGGAAUCGGGUGUUACGGCGGUAGAGGGUGCGAAGUUUGGGCCUGCGAACAGGGAACACUAUGAUACUCAGCUAUGGGCCUUGACGCUCCCUAGUGCCAUUUCCAGAGAGAUGUCUAUUGAUCCAGACCCGGAGCUUAGGCGGAGGAUUCACGGUACCCCUCGCUUCCUCAGGCCCGGGAUAGAGUCAGAUUAUUUCCCUGCCUAUUUGACUAUCUUGCACUCUAUACCCAUAGCCAGGGAAGAGCUUCUUUGGAGGGACAGGGUGGCUUCCGACUACGGCAAUGACAGCCAAUGGUGGAAUGGGCAGCCGGCUUUGACUGAUCUUGACCCGGCAGAUGCACCAUGGGAAGACGCAGUGCAUGAAAUCCAGCGGUUAAUGGCUUUCCUGGACCGCUCACAGCGAGCAUUUGGAAGCGCGGAUGUUCUAUCUAAUCUAUCCUCUCUUAGGUGCUGGAGAGCUGAAGACAGAAUAGCUACGUUUUUAAAAUUAUGGGAGGAAAUCUCGCCCCCUGCGGAAGGAGAGUUGCCCCAGAAAACAUUCUAUUCUAGGGGUGUCAAACAAUCGCUUUCGGAAGACGAGUGUGCCAAUGAACCAUUUUCAUUGCUAGACCUUUCAAUUGAUAAGACCUCUGGAAGAACGCUAUAUGACCUCCUAGAUGGGCAUAUAUGGUGUGAUAUGCCUGGUAAAGACUUGGACGACAUCUGGCUAGAAGAAGUUGCUCCCGUCUUUACGAUGAGGGUAACCAAUCACGACGGUAACCGGCUCGAUUUGAAGAUCCCAGCUGUUUGGUAUCCUGACCGCUACAUGAAGCACUGCAAGGAGUUUGCAGUGGAGCUUAGGAAACGUCGUGUGGUUGUUGAUGUUGAGCUGGAGAAGUUGGGGGCGAUGGUCGAUCGAUAUCUGUCCAAGAAAGGAAGUAUCUCGGUCGAUACGAUUGUACAGAAGGUCCUAGCUGGAUCUCGGGUGGCUCUGACUGGCCCGUACCAGGUCGAUGGGGCACCGUCUACCACACAGGAAGAUGUGGUUGAUCUAAUUGAAAAGCUGAGAACAUUGACAGAGCAGAUUACUCAUAAAAUACAAGAAUUGGAAGAAAGAAAGGCACAAGCUCUUGAGAGUCUUCGGCAACUUUCCAACUGCUUUACUGGUCAAGCUUCCUCCGCAGAGGAGGCUCCCAGACACAAGUACACACUCCGAGGGGUGUGCACGGAGCCACACAUCUUUUAUGUGCUGAAACCGCGGAAGCCGGACCUAGACCUGAUGACGGACGAUGUCCCUGACGUACCAGCAGCCGAGCAAUGGCAGUGGUGGAGAAUCAGCUUCUCGGUCGACGAUGCGAAAGUCGGCAGUGCUGGAUCCGCGAGCCUGAAACCGUCUAGCCAGACUGAACCAUCUGCGCCCGGCCAAAGCGGUGGCAAGCCAGUGUCUAGAGCUACUGUAGCUGAUAAUGUGGACAUCAUUGGAUACACGGCGCGUCCUGUGCGAGAGAUCGAAGUACUCCAUGCAGCAAAGGAGGAAUCAUCGAGUGUUGUCCUGGUUUACGCCAACGAAGAGGCCAUGGGCUUCGAGGCCGGUGAUCUCCCUGAGCCACUAAAGAACUUCAUUGACAAGGACAAUGAGCUGUUCGAGCAAGAGCUUGCCGAGUUCACUGCCGAGCAUGAAGAAAAGACAAACACCACCAAGGAGAAGGAGGAGGACCUUCUGAUGGAUGAUGUAGCUAAUGACGACGGGGAGGAGGGCGGUGAGAAGAUAGAGGCCAAGGGACAAGAGAUGCAAGAACGGACAGGACAGCAUAGUGCGAGCAUCAUGCCUCCGCCGGCGCCACCUAGACAACGAGCUGGUGCUGGUGGGCAAGGUGCCCUGAUGGACCAGAUCACGGAAGAGAACGAGCACGACGAGGAUAGCAUGCAGGUUGAAGUAGAGACAAACGCAGCUCCAGCGGCGUAA